GGGUAGUUUGUUUUGAGCUAUAGUAUAGCUUCCUUCUGUUUAUUUUGUGAGUUUAUGUAGGAAAUGUAGCCUUUUUAACACAUAGGAUAUUGCCCCCAGGAGUAAGUCCAGUUCACCAGAAAAAAGUACUGUCAUAUAAUAGGCAAAAUGAUUUCGUUCGAAGUUGGUGUCAUCUUGCCGUCAGCUGGAACAGGUGAACGGGUCGGAGCAUCGUCACCAAAACAAUACAUCGAAAUAAUGGGCAGGCCCCUUUUGCUGUACGCUCUGGAGGAGGUGUUGCGGCCGCCGUGGGUUCGUCGUGUCGCGCUGGUCGUGGACUCCCCGGAGAAAGUGCAGACGGUUCUGGACGGGUCCGGCAUCAAAGGUGCAGAUCGUGUGUCUGUUGUCAGAGGGGGCUGCAGCCGACACCGCUCCAUACGGAGUGGCCUGCAGGCACUCCAGAAAGCUGAGGCGGGUGUGCGCGUGGUGGUGGUGCACGAUGCAGUGCGCCCUCUGGUACCUGCGGAGCUGCUAGAGAGGCUGGUGGUACUGGCUGAGCACCACGGGGCGGCAGGUGCGACGCGGCCUCUCACGUCGACUGUGGUGCGCGCGUCUCCGGACGCCGGUGGGACGCUGCUGCUGCAGGCCAGUCUCGACCGCGACUCUCACCUCGCGUCGGAGACCCCGCAGGCAUUCCGGACGGAGGUGCUGGCCACUGCUUACAACAAGAGCACAGAGGAUGAGCUGGAUCGUGGGACGGAGUGCCUCGCGCUGGUUCUGCGACACGCCGGCGUGCGGCCACGUCUCCUGGAGGGUCCGCCAGACCUCUGGAAGGUCACCCACAAGAGGGACGUGUACGCCGCUGCUGGCUGCCUCAGGGAGCGCAGCACACGCGUGUGCGUGGUGGCGGCGGCAGACACAGAGGCGGCACGGCUGCUCGCGGAGGAGCUGACCCCGCGGGUGGGUGAGCUGGCGCGCAUCACGACGGCCGCGGCAGCACCAGCGGUCACCUCCACGUACAACACGGUGGUCUUUUUCCACGUGCACGAGAUCUCGCAGGACGGGCAGCUGCUCGACCUGGCCACGGUGCUCGAUGUUGAGAAGCAGGGUGUCAUCGUGCACGUGAUCGAGCACCCGGAGGGGGACGGCAUGCGCGGUGUGUCGGCACUGGAGCUGCACCGCUCUGGCCGCCACAUGGCGCGCCACCACGAGAAGUUGCGCAAGGCGGUCGUCGUGGUGCACUGGCUCUCUGCCGGCGAGGAGCGCGGGCUCGCGCGUCUUGUCUCUGCCCUCGUCCUCUCUGAUGACCCGCGCGCAUUCUCGGGGCAGACGCUGUUUCUCUGAGUGUCAGUCGGGAUAGAGAGGAGGAACAGGCAGAAAAAGAGAAGAUACAGGAAUUGGGUCUAUGUGAACUGUAUGAGAAAGUUGUGCAGGACACGUCAAUGAGGGGGACCCGUGACAGCAUAGUGAGGACGUGUGAAAAAAAC